AUGGAUGCAAUGUUUGGUCCAACACACGAUUUGGAUGUGCCGCCUCAAGUAUCGAUCUCGACUGCUCCCGUCGCCAGCUCGAGCACGAGCACGAGCACGAGUGCAAUCGAUGCCUCCUCGUCAUCGUCGUCCGUCGUAGCGUUGGGCAAGCGCCCUACGACCGAUAAGAAGCCAGCCAAGCCUGGUAGACGACGCCUCGCGUGUGAGGUCAGUCAUCCGAGCCCCCGUCCUCCCUGAGCCGGAUUGCCGAGUGCAUGACUCGAUCUGAUCCUAGCACCCACCGGCAGCCCUGUCGCGCAAGACGGAUCAAGUGCGCAUGGCAGGCCGAGACCUCCGAGAGCUGCAUUGCUUGUGACGAGGCCGACCUCAAGUGAGUACGACAUCGCGUGUGCAUCCCACCACGCUGCGCUGCCACUGAGCGUACCGUGCUUCGCGGUCCAAAUUCACAGAUGCCCCGGUGAGGCUCAACCUCGCAAACGACGAAAGAGAUGCGACAGUGCCCAAGCACAAGCACACGCACACGCACACGCACACGCACACGCACACGCACAGGAACCGACGCCCACAGAGCUUGCAGUGGACACCAAGUCAGUUGCGUUAUCGUUGCUUCUUCCUGCCGCUUCACUGCUGAUCAACAGUCACGUCGGAUACCCACCCACCGCAAGACCCGACAUCGCGCAAGCCGAUCAGUACGAACUCGGAGGAGCCUUGACCUUCCAUCUCAUCCAGUAAGUCCCAGCGACCCCUGCGAUCAUUGCAGUAGACCAACCCUGUACUCCCCUUCCAAAGACUUUGCUUCAACAUGGCCAACCCUUGCAUUCCCGGGCUCGAUUACGAUCUGUUCCAAGCGCUGCUCAACAACUCCGCUGGCGUCUCGCGCGAGUUGGAAGUGGCCGCCGAGGUAUGUACCUACCGCUGUUGCAUAUCACUUUCCCAAUCAGAGUCUAACGUCCCCCAAAAAACCCGUCAGACUCUUUGUGGUGCACUCAUCGCCGUCUCUGUGACAUUCUCGGAUCACGAGGUGAGUCAACCCAUCGUUCGGCGAGGCCAAAGCGCCGCGCGCCCCCCACAUGCGGCGCGUCGAGAGCACGUGACCCCAGCAGCUGACCCGGCCUUGAUCUCGGCGCAUUGGGCAGCUCUUCAUUGGCCCUUCUCCCAAACCCGAAAUACCCUACGACGAACCUUCCGGGAUCAAAGCUUCGGUCGCGCAAUACGACAAGCUCGUCUCGUUCGGCAGACGACGUCAAGAAGCUGUACAGCACUUCGCCACGCGCGCGCUCAAGCUAUACGCCGAGUCUAGGAUCGAUUCCUAUCCUUCGAUCGAGGCGAUCUAUACGAUGCUCGCAAUGGACCAUUGUCUUAGCUUGACGACGGACGGUAUCAGGACUCAGAGGCGAUUCGUGGACUCGGCUAUCAAGAUGUUCAAGCUGCUCACGAGACGGGAGGCGGAGCUGCCGAAGCCGAUCCAAGAGGCUCUGAUUGGACCUCUGAGCCACACGCUUCUCGUGAGUCUUUCGCGAUUCGGAUCGAACAAAUUCGCGGAAACUAAUCACUGAGCUCUCUCGCUCUCUUUCUCGCUCAGAGCCUGGACGCACAGACUGCUGCCGUUCUCAAGACCCCAUCGGCGAUGUAAAUAGUUCUCUUCGGCUAUAAUCCCUGGGGCUCGACUUGCUGAACCCUUCUCCACACCAACCCCAGUUCAAACGAUGAGCUGGGCUUUUACUUCCCACAGAUUCAGUUGGAUGAUACCUUUCUCAGUUCUCUUCACCAUCCGAGCCGGAUCAUCGAUCGGAAGCAAGGUUGGACCGAGCUCGGGAAACAGACUGCAUCGAUUGGGAUCGUCAUCACUCGCCUCUAUAGGCGCUUAGUCGACAAUGGGAGCCGUAAGUCACCACGAGCCACACAAACCACUGUAUUUCUCUCUGAAUAGAUAACUUGAGUUCUUGCAGGGCUGGGAUAUCACAUCUCGGAGAUUUGGCGAGGAGUGGAGAUGGUGCGGCUUUGGCUCGACGACGCCGAAGCAACGGUCCUGUGCCGCCUCACGCCCCUCGCAAGCAAAGAAUUGACCGACGAACGCACGUUCGACCUCAUCUCACUACUCAACUUUCAUCGUCGUAAUCUUUUCCGACUCGAUCUGUUGGUACACCAACGUAUCGUUGAUGCCGCGGCCAAAGAUCCGGCGCCGAUCGCGUUGCAGCUCUAUGCGACCUCCUGUGCGCGCGUACAAGCACUCUUCAAACUGGUCGUCGUCAUGGCCAAGGAGAUUACGAGGACCUCGGCGUUGAUCCAGGCAAGAAGGCUCUUCGAAGUGUUGGAGUGUUGUUUGACGUGGUCGAGUAUGCGGAGUAGUCGUCCACCCGAAGUGGCGGAAUUGAUUACCGAAUUGGGCAUCACAAAGGAUAUGGGUACAACGUGAGCUUUGUAACUCCUCUGUGCAUCAUUGUCGAGGAUGCUGACCUUGGUACUUCUGUUUUCGUCUGAAAGUAUGAUGAACAUGCUGGCCCUCGCUUCGUGGUCCUCGGCACUAGCAGACGUCCAACGCCGUUCGCUGCGCAACGGCUUCAAUCACCUCAGCAAACAAGCGACGCCAGCACCCGAACCAACCCCUGUAGUCGAUGUCAAAGAAAAGCCGAAGCCCGAUCCAAUCGCUCCGACGCGAGCGGCAUCCGUCCCUGAUCCGACUUUCCCUCCCCUGUCCCACGCUCAGCGCGUCAUUGGACAUCCCAUACUUCCCAUCAUCCCACCCGAGUACCCCUCCAUGUCGAUGUACCCCACCCAGCCGCCGGUCACGCAAGCCAACAUCUUUCCCACGCCUUUCACAUAUGGAUCCAUCGCUCCACCAAUCAUUCCCUUUGCAACCCCUUCAUUCCUGGGGGACGAAGCGUCGUUCGAAACAUCCUUACCACCACAGCAGAACCCGUAUGAUGCCGCUUUCGAGUUCUUGAUGAGCGGGACCAACAAGUCCCAAUUUUGA